UGGACUGCAGUCUCUUCCCAGCUUCCCCACAGAGCUGGCCAACCUGUCCGUCUCAGCCAGACAUGUCCAGCCUCCAGGCGCUAUGCUCUGGCCUGCCCCUGCGGCCCCUCCCAGAGAACCCAGGACGCUGGGCUGGCAUGCCCCACGCCCCAGUCAGGACCCCAGGCCUCAGCCCCACAGAGGAGCAGCUGGCGCUGAAGAAUGCCCUGCGCUACUUCCCCCUGGAUGUCCAGGAGCUGCUGGCCCCCGAGUUUGCCCAGGAGUUGCGACUGUAUGGGCACAUCUACAUGUACCGGUUCUGCCCCGACAUUAAAAUGAGGGCCUACCCAAUCGAGCAGUACCCCUGCCGGACGAGAGCUGCUGCAGCCAUCAUGCACAUGAUCAUGAACAACCUGGACCCUGCCGUGGCCCAGUUUCCCCAGGAGCUAGUGACCUAUGGAGGAAAUGGGCAGGUGUUCAGCAACUGGGCCCAGUUCAGGCUGACAAUGUCCUACUUGUCGCAGAUGACAGAGGAGCAAACCCUGGUCAUGUACAGUGGACAUCCGCUGGGCCUCUUCCCAAGCAGCCCCGGGGCCCCGAGGCUGGUCAUCACCAACGGGAUGGUCAUCCCCAACUACUCCUCCAGGACAGAGUAUGAGAAGCUCUUUGCCAUGGGGGUUACCAUGUACGGCCAGAUGACUGCAGGCAGCUAUUGCUACAUCGGUCCCCAAGGCAUCGUCCACGGCACUGUGCUCACUGUGUUGAAUGCCGGGCGUCGCUACCUGGGCGUCAAGGACCUGGCUGGGAAGGUCUUUGUCACCUCUGGGCUGGGCGGAAUGAGUGGGGCUCAGGCCAAAGCUGCAGUCAUUGUGGGGUGCAUCAGCGUGAUAGCGGAGGUGGAUAAGGCAGCCCUCACAAAACGCCACAAGCAGGGCUGGCUGAUGGAAGUGACGGACAGCUUGGACCACUGCAUUGAAAGACUCAGGGAAGUGAGGAAAAGGAAGGAGGUGCUCAGCCUUGGUUACCACGGCAAUGUGGUUGAUCUUUGGGAGCGCCUGGUCCAUGAACUGGACACAACCGGGGAGCUCUUAGUGGACCUGGGGUCAGACCAGACGUCCUGUCACAAUCCAUUCAAUGGUGGUUACUACCCCGUGCAGCUGAGCUUCGAAGAGGCCCAGAGCCUCAUGGCCUCCAACCCGGCUGCAUUCAAAGGCCUGGUCCAGGAAAGCCUGAGGAGGCACGUCUCAGCCAUCAACAGGCUGGCCAAGGAGAACUUCUUCUUUUGGGACUAUGGCAAUGCCUUCCUCUUGGAGGCCCAGAGAGCGGGAGCUGACGUGGGGAAGAAAGGCGGCGGCAGGACGGAAUUCCGCUACCCCUCGUAUGUCCAGCACAUCAUGGGGGACAUAUUCUCCCAGGGAUUCGGGCCUUUCCGCUGGGUGUGCACGUCGGGGGACCCCCAGGACCUGGCUGUCACUGAUCAGCUGGUCACGUCUGUGCUGGAGAAGGCCAUUGCUGGUGGAGUGAACCCGGCUGUGAAGCUCCAGUAUGUGGACAACAUCCGCUGGAUCCGGGAGGCUGCCAAGCACCAGCUGGUGGUGGGCUCCCAGGCAAGGAUCCUGUACUCAGACCAGAAAGGCCGUGUGGCUAUCGCUGUGGCCUUCAAUCAUGCCAUCGCCCACGGGCAGAUCAAGGCGCCAGUGGUCCUGAGCCGAGACCACCAUGAUGUGAGUGGCACUGACAGCCCCUUCCGGGAGACCUCCAACAUUUACGACGGCUCUGCCUUCUGUGCAGACAUGGCGGUGCAGAACUUCGUGGGAGAUGCCUUUCGUGGUGCCACCUGGGUGGCUCUUCAUAAUGGCGGGGGAGUCGGCUGGUCACAUCUCAAAAUUGAACAUGCAUAGGAAUCUCCAAGGAGCUUGUUAAAAUGCAGACUGUGUCUCGCAGAUCUGGAGUGGGGCUGAGACUCAGCAGACCCAAGUAGCCCCCAGACAGUGCUGCUUCUGGGGGCCCGAGAGCCACUCGGAGCCAGGAGGGUUCUCACCAUGUGCGCCCAUAGACCUCUUUGCCACCCCGCCCAGCACAAUGGGGAGCAUCUUCACCUGUAUUUUUGUAGCACAAUAAAGAGUGUGGAUUCUGAAGUCAAUCUGCACAAGUUAAGCUUGUUGAGCUUUGUUUCCCAUCAAAAAAUGGUAACAACUGCUGUGCAGCCUAGUGGUGACAGGGUUGAAUGAGUGACUAGCUAACCUUAUAUAGUGCAUAAUGUGCAAGGACUAAACUUACGUGGUAGCUCCUCUAAUUGCCACAACGGUGUCAUCUAGAAAUAAGUGCUGAGCAGAACAGGUCAGUAACUGCCUGGAUUUCACAGUGAGCUCAGUUUGCAGGAGGCAGGCGCUAACCUACCACAGAUCACUGCGAGGGAGCCAGAACAGGGCCUGACACGUGGCACAACUCCCAUAAAUGCUAACCUUUAUCAUGUGCGUGCAUUCUUUGUGAUCGCAGAUUCAAAAAGGAUGGGCAUUUUACUCUUUGAGAGCUACCAUCCAGUUUUCCCAUAUAAAUAUUCCUGUUUGUGUAACCUCGCCAACCCUGGGUGUUAUCACCCUUUUAAACACGGUACUUGCCAGGCUGGUGGGUGGGAAGCAACAAGCCCUUUUUGUUUUGAUUUGUACUGUUCACCACAGAUUUUUGUCUUUGAGUCAUGGGCUUUUUCUCAUUGAUUUGCCAGCCUCCUCCAUCCGUUCUCCGUGUCUCUGAACUCUGCUUAUAGGAGUUGUGUGGGCAGGGUUCUCCAGGAGGCCGACCUGAGCCGGAGCUGGGAGUGUGCAAAAGGCUGAUUGCAGAGACACCUGGAAAGGAAGAGGGGAGCAGGGUGAGGGGACCCACAGUCUCAUGCAGACCCGGCAGGCAUGCCACCCAGCAGGGAGCUCUGGAGCCAAGACUGCCCCUGGAGGAGCCUGCCUGGGGCAGGAAGGGCCGGGCCGCAGGCGAGGGCAGCGCUCAGUCUCUGUGCCGGGAGGACCCGAAGGAGUCACUGGGGCCUGUGAGUUAACCGCCUUCCCCACAGCAGGGCUUUCUGGAAGGGGUACCUGGGUGGGCCCCCUUCCCCACAGGGGACUUCCAUCUUUAUCCAGUGACUUUUCUAUUCGGGCUCUUUGUUUUCUAAAUGUUGCUUUAAAGUACCCCCCCACCACACACACCCACACACAUAGACACAUUCCUGAGUUAUGAAAAAACAUGCUCCUAAAUCUUCUUUAUUCGUCUUAUGAUUGUGACUAUUUCCUUCCUUUGUACAUCUGGUCCUUAUUGUUCUUUACGUGCAAUGUGGGCUUGUGAUUUUACGUGUUUCUCAAGGGAACAUCCAGGUGUGCCAGCAGCCUCUGUGAGAGACCCCACUGCUCCCCCAGUGGUGCCACCUUGACCAUGCGGUCCCCUGGGGUUGAUGUGUGUCCAGGCUCCUCCUUGGUCAGGGUUUGCUGAUGUCUCCUGGAGCUGAGCAGCUCUGCUCUCUGGCCAUCUGGGCUUCAGGCUCCCAGAUGAAAGAUGUACUUCCAGCCUUCCAAAGAACUCUCUGGUUGAAGGACACACUGAGGUCCUUGCUUGGCGACUGUGGCUGCCGCCCUCUUUCUCCUCUGACACCCAAUAUCAGCCUCUGACAGUGGAUGGUGACGAGUUUCAAUCUCUUCAAAGUAUCCUGUACCCUAGAGGCUGGUGGGAGCUGGGGUGGGAGCCAACUUGCAGGCCCAGGGAUGCAGGUGAGGGUAGGGCAGGGGCAGCUGGCCCAUGUGCAAGGGUUUUCAGCUUCUGUGCCCUGAUGGGGUACAAUGGUGGCUCCCAGGGCAGAGGGCUCCUCACUUCUAGAUGGCAACUGGCUGAAAUUGUCAGUAGGGUCCAAAGUGGGCAGAGAAGCAUAUAAGGUGGGAUGGGUCUGAAGCACCCGAGCCCAGAGAAACUAGCUGCACCUUCCAGGUCAGGAAGGAGAAAGUGCAAAUUCACUGGAAGGGGGCCUGAAAGGCCAGGUGCUGUGGUCCCGGGGUGUGGGUUUAGUAGUAGAGUCCUGGCAAGUGCUGGCAAGAUCAAGGGCUUUUCCUGUGUGCGUAACCAGAGGGGGGAUGCAGGGUGCCGUCAUGGGCUGGGUGGGGACAGCAGCCGGGUCUGGCUGGACAGCAGGCCUUGAUAAUGAUGACGAGGGUGAGGACAGAGGUCCAGGCUCACCAGGAAGGAGAGGGUCCCCAUGGCUGAUAGAGAACAAGCUCCCAGCAAACGUAAGGCAGGCGGGAUAGCGCCAUCAUACUUCAGGAAGAUUCAGGUGACACGGUUAAGACUCGAAGGAACCACUAUACCUGUGAGAGGAGGUGGUCCACAUGGCACCCCCCAACAUGCAUUCAUUAGCAAGCAGAAAAUGCUGAAAGGAAGUGAACUCCCCUUCAAACCAAGUGGUCAGGACCCCUAACUACACAUAAAGCAGGCAGGAAAAAGAGAGGGGAAGUAAAGAGCCUAAAGACAAAAUCAGGAGGAAUUAGAGGGGAUUGAGCAAUGCAAGAGACCCCACCAGGAAGGGCACCUGUAGGAAGUGCUGAGAACUGUGGAGGAAGUGACUCUCUGUAGUGGAUGGGGUAAAGACCAGAGGCAGGAGCUGUAGCCCACAACCCUGAGCAGAGUGACUCGCACGUCCCCUAGGCAGCCGAGAGAGAGCAGGCUGUGGGCUGCAGGCGGCAGGGUCCAACCUGCUGCCUCUGCCGUCUGAGCCAAGGCCUCCAGAAUGUUCGGAGAGAUGCAUGGGGUUCUGCCUGCUCCUGGCGGGGUGGGGCCUGGGAGCGGUCUGGAGACCUCUUUGCCUC